AUGAUGUUACGAAUAGUUACGCUACUAAUAGAUCUAUUACUGCUCGCACAACUUGCUUUAGCAGGAAAGACACAUGAAUUCAACUUCACCACCGGAUGGGUGGCAAGGAAUCCCGAUGGCGUGAAAGAGCGAAAGAUGAUUGGAUUCAACGGAGAGUGGCCCAUUCCAGAAAUUCAUAUCAACAAGGGCGAUCGAUUGAUCGUAAGGCUCACAAACGGAUUCGAUGAUCUGCCCACUUCCUUGCAUUUCCACGGAUUUUUCCACCGUCAAGCAGACGAAAACAUGAACCAGAUGGAUGGCCCACCGAUGGUUACCCAAUGCCCGAUUAUGCCGGGUGACACCUACGUUUACAACUUUACGGUUGUCAAUCAAGUUGGGACAUAUUGGAUUCAUUCACAUUCUGGCGCCCAGUAUACCGACGGGAUGCGAACCGCGCUGAUUGUGCACGAUGAGGACGAACCCUUUGAGUACGACGAGGAAAAAGUGAUCCAGAUCGGAGAUCACUACCACAAGCCUUACUACGAGAUUAUGGACGAGUUUUUGAGUAGAUACAAUCCUACGGGCGCAGAGCCGAUCCCACAGAAUAUUCUUUUCAACAACACAGUUAACGCGUCGCUUAGCUUCAAACCCGAUACCGUUUAUCUGUUGCGAUUUAUCAACGUGGGAAAUUUCAUUUCGCAGUACCUCUACAUGGAAGACCACGAUUUCACCAUUGUUGAAGUCGACGGUAUUUACACGCGGCCUAACACUACCAGCCUCUUGUAUCUGGCACCCGGCCAAAGAAUGUCAGUCUUGGUUAGGUCGCAUUCUCACGCCAACAAAAAUUACGCUCUCAUGCAGAUCAUGGACGAAACAAUGUUAGACGCCGUACCUCCUAACCUGAUCUUGAAUCGCACAAACCAUAUCAUCUACAAUGAGGAUGCCCCUCGAGCCUCAGAGUAUUAUAUCGACUCCUUCUCGGCAGUCACAAACGAUUUUUUCUUGACGCCAUUGGCCGGGAAGGAACUUUUAUCGGAUUACGACUAUCAGAUAUCUUUGGAUGUCAAGAUGGAUAAUCUUGGGGACGGCAAAAACUACGCAUUUUUCAACAAUAUCACAUAUGUUGCUCCCAAAGUACCAACUUUAAUUACUGCCCUCUCCGCGCCAGAAAAACUGGCCAAGAAUCCUGCCAUUUACGGUGAAAAUGUGAAUGCCUUUGUGCUUGAGCAUGGAGAGGUCAUCGAGGUUGUGGUCAACAAUUACGACGAUGGUAGACAUCCAUUCCAUUUACACGGACACAACUUCCAGAUAGUACAAAAGUCGGAUGCUUUCGAUGAAGAUGACGCGGAACCUGUUCCUUACAAUGAGAUGGCUCCAUUGAUGCCAUAUCCUGACAUUCCUAUGCAAAGAGAUACUGUGGUCCUGGAACCUAAUGGUCAUAUCGUGCUGCGUUUCGUCGCUGACAACCCCGGCAUCUGGUUUUUCCACUGCCACGUCGACUGGCACCUGGAGCAAGGUCUUGCAGCGGUUUUCGUCGAAGCGCCUUUGUUGUUGAGAGAGAAGGAAGUAUUGUCUCAGAGCUUCAAAGACGUUUGUUCUACGGGAAACUAUACUCUUUCAGGAAACGCCGCCGGGCAUGAUGACGAUUGGCUCAAUCUAGCUGGAUUGCCAAGACAACCAAAACCAUUACCAGAUGGCUUCACUUUGAAAGGCUAUAUUGCAUUUGCAGUUUCCUGCAUAGUUGGCAUUUGGGGCAUUUUAACCAUCGUACAGUACGGAUUGAGCGAGUCUCUUCAGAACGAUCUAGACAUGUACCAAAACCUAAAGAAGCUGCUCGACGAUACAUCGGGGGAAAGAUGA